AUGGGCUCCAGACUAGAAAAGAACUCCACCCUGGUGCGGAAGCGGAUUGAGGGCCACACCUUCAGCGACGAGCAAGGCGAGGAAUAUGAAGCCUCCAAGUUUGGCGGUUUUGCCGAUUACAUGCGGAGGAAGAAGAUCAAACUACAGAAUCUAGAUGUCGAAAUUCGCGCCAAUUCGUCGGAAAAGCCUCCCAUCUUCCGCGGCGUUGUUGCCCAUGUCAAUGGCUACACCCAACCUUCUCUAAGCGAUCUCCACACCCUCGUUGUUUCUCAUGGCGGCGGCUUCCUCCAAUAUCUUGAUGGCAAGACUGCUGUCACCCACGUCAUUGCAAGUCAUCUGACUCCUAAGAAAACGGUUGAGUUUGCACGAUACCGCAUUGUGAAACCAGCCUGGGUGGUUGAUAGUGUGAAAGCGGGAAAGCUGUUAUCCUGGGAUGCCUAUAGACUGGUCGACGAAGGCGUUGCCCAAAAAGUGUUGAGCUUUGAGAGUGGUCGAUUUAUCAGCCAGGUCAACACUCAACAGAGCAGAUACAAGGAUCAGACCGAGACAAGUGUGUAUAUGUCUCAAUCCCCCGAGAUGGGGCGAUGUACAAGUCAAAAAGUUGGAGAGAACACACAGCCCCGGGAGCCAGAUGAGCCCGCCUUUGACCAAGAAGCCGACCUUGCGAUGCUUGCGGCGGGAGAAGCACCGAAGAUGGGUGAUGUUAACCAACCCGGGGCACCAUUCGAUGUCGAUAAUGGCCAUGAUAUUUCCACGUGUGACAAGCCCGAUCCUCAGCCGAAGCCACCUGAGCAGGGUCAACCAGAAGACUCCUCGCUGAAUGACUCGCCGAAGCCUCAGAAGCGCCAAUUAACGGCAGAAGAGCACAACGCCGUUCUCCUCUCCAAUCCUCACAUGGCCAAAUCGAGCACUGCAAAUCCCGACUUCAUUAACCAAUACUAUCGCGAAUCCAGGUUGCAUCACUUGUCUACCUGGAAAGCGGAUUUAAAAGUCCAGUUGCAGGCACGCACUCAGGAGAAACUGUCCUCUCAGAAAAGGAGACUCCGAAGACUACCAGGUGCAAGGAGAUACAUUAUGCAUGUCGAUUUUGACAGCUUCUUUGCUGCUGUCUCUCUGCGCAAACACCCCCACUUGGUUGACAAACCCGUGGUGAUUGCGCAUGGUAGUGGACCAGGAUCCGAGAUUGCGAGUUGCAACUACCCUGCUAGAAAAUACGGUAUCAAGAACGGCAUGUGGAUGAAAUCUGCGCUAAGUAUGUGCCCAGAGCUUAAGAUCUUGCCCUAUGACUACAAGGCGUAUGAAGACGCCAGCCGUCAGUUUUACGACUCUAUCCUGGCAAUCGAUGGUGUGGUCCAGAGCAUAAGUAUUGACGAGGCCUUGCUGGACGUUAGUGAGCAGUGCAUUGAGGUCGGUGGAUCCGAUGGAAGAGCCUUGUCAGAGGGGUCUCUAUACCGCGAACAAGAAGCCGCCCAGCGUCUUGCACAAGGGUUACGUGCCUCGGUGAAAGAAAAGACAGGCUGUGAGGUCUCGGUAGGCAUUGGAGGAAAUAUACUGCUCGCCAAGGUUGCUCUGCGGAAGGCCAAACCUGCCGGGCAACAUCUGAUUAAGCCAGAGGAAGUUCUGGAUUUUAUUGGGGAACUGACGGUCACGGAUCUGCCCGGUGUUGCGUGGAGUAUUGGGAACAAGCUAGAGGAAAUCGGGAUCAAAUAUGUCAAGGAUAUCAGAGCCCGCACCAAAGAGAAACUCAUCGCCACCUUGGGACCGAAGACUGGCGAGAAGAUAUGGGAUUACUCUCGGGGGAUUGACAGACAGGAAGUGGGCGAUCAGGUGGUCCGAAAGUCGGUCUCCGCCGAAAUCAACUGGGGCAUCCGGUUCAUCAAUCAACAACAAGCAGAAGAGUUUGUCCAAAGUCUCUGCGAGGAGCUGUCACGCCGGCUUCUGGAUCAACUGGUCAAAGGAAGGCAACUGACUAUGAAGAUCAUGCGAAAAGCGGCAGAUGCUGGUCUAGAUCCCCCGAAGAAUUUGGGUCAUGGCAAGUGUGAUACUUUCAACAAGAGUGUCAUGCUCGGGGUGGCCACAAACGAUGGAGCUAUUUUGGGAAAGGAAGCGAUUUCCAUUUUACGAGGCUACGGUUUCCCUCCUGGAGAACUACGAGGCCUGGGCGUACAGAUGCAGAAACUGGAGCCGCUCAAGCCGUCCAUUGCCAGCAUAGACGGGUUCAUGGAUGGUGGUCAGCGAAGGCUUCAGUUCAAGAAGCCCGACACACAAACAUCAACAUCCCCUGGGAUGCCAGGCCAGGACAGAACAAGCCCACUCCCAAAACGGACACCAGAAUCCAAGGAGACGACGGACUCCAUCGAGGAAGUGCCGACUCCCGAGAAGCCUAGACCGAGAGAACUCAUUUCCGGUGCUGUUGACGCAGUUGUCACAGCUGGCGAAGAGGAUUCCACUCAGAAGCCUCUAAAUAUUAGCGGCACACAGUUCAUUCUUCCUUCUCAGAUUGAUCCGACCGUGCUAGCAGAGCUACCUGCGGAUAUCAGGAACAAACUUGCGCCCAAACGAAGGAGCAUUUUGGACAUCAUGAGUGCUCCAACUCGUGCAGCGUCACCCUCCAACGAGGCUCUAUCGCGAUCGGUCUCGCCUUUCGCGAAUGACAAUCAGGCUGUGUUACCCAGCCAGAGCCAGCUUGAUCCCGAAACACUCGCAGCUCUUCCUCCAGAUGUCAGGGAUGAAGUGCUGGCCCAGUAUAAACAUCAAGACAAAAGAGAAAGACCACCAGCACUUCAAAGUGUGCUGCCUCAAUCACCUCACAAACCUAGGAUGUUGGGUCCGUCAAAGAAGCUGGUUGUGACGCCGGCCAAGAAGCAGAAGACGACAACCUUGUUCAGCAAGUCUGGCUCGAAGCGAGGUGGCGAUUCGUCUUCGACUCUCACACAGUCUAAUUUCGUAUCCAUGCCCGGGACGAAUUCGGACCAACCACAGCCGAAUCCCUACAUCUCUGAAGAAAUAUCCGAGUCUUUCCUCAAUGAGCUGCCCGAAGACAUCCGCUUGGAAAUUCUCACAGAACAGAAGAGAAAUCGGAUGAAGUCCAAAUCUGGCCUGAACUUCGACAUUGGCAGGAAAAAGCCCAAAACGACUACUCAGUCAGAAGCUGUAGCACGAGGUCAACAGAAACUCCAAUUAGCAAAGCAGCCAGAGAAGCCAACUUUUACUUCCCAGAAGCUGAGCUCAUUGCCCGAGUUGCGGGAUGCCAUCUCAGCUUGGGUGAGAGAGCUCUCCGUGGAUGGUGAAGAACCCGAUAUGGAGGAUGUGGCCGCACUCUCUGAGUAUCUGAGCAAGGUCGUCUCUGUUGAGCGGGACAUGGCCAAGGCCGUCGCUGUGGUCAAUUGGCUUGGAUUGGUGAUAGAGUAUGAGAACUUCGGCAGUGGAGAGACCCGUGCGUCGUGGGAGAAGGCGCUGACAUUUCUGAAAAGAGAGGUGCAGAAAGCUAUCCUGAAUAGGGGCCUGCCGCCGGUGGUGUUUGAAUUCUAA